CCCCGGCGGAUAAAGAUGGCAAUGUCUCUCAUCCAAGCGUGCCGCAGUCUGGCUCUCUCAACAUGGCUGCUUUCCUUUUGUUUCGUGCAUCUGCUCUGCCUGGACUUCACCGUGGCUGAGAAGGAGGAAUGGUACACCGCCUUCGUGAACAUCACCUACGCCGAGCCCGCGCCGGACCCCGGGCCCGGAGUGGCGGGCGGCGGCGGCAAGGAGCUGCACACCGAGAAGACUGAGUGCGGGCGCUACGGGGAGCACUCGCCCAAGCAGGACGCCCGCGGGGAGGUGGUCAUGGCCAGCUCGGCCCACGACCGCCUAGCCUGCGACCCCAGCACCAAGUUCGCCGCCCCGGCCCAUGGCAAGAACUGGAUAGCCCUCAUCCCCAAGGGCAACUGCACGUAUAGGGAUAAGAUCCGGAACGCGUUCCUGCAGAACGCCUCCGCGGUGGUCAUCUUCAACGUGGGCUCCAGCACCAACGAGACCAUCACCAUGUCCCAUGCAGGUGUAGAAGACAUCGUGGCAAUAAUGAUUCCUGAGCCAAAAGGGAAGGAGAUAGUAAGCCUGCUGGAAAGGAACAUCACAGUGACCAUGUACAUCACCAUUGGAACCCGGAACUUACAGAAAUAUGUGAGCCGCACUUCGGUUGUGUUUGUCUCCAUCUCCUUCAUCGUCCUGAUGAUCAUAUCCCUCGCAUGGCUGGUCUUUUAUUAUAUCCAGAGGUUUCGAUAUGCAAAUGCCAGGGACAGGAACCAGCGCCGACUGGGAGAUGCGGCAAAGAAAGCGAUCAGCAAGCUCCAAGUCAGAACCAUCAAGAAGGGUGAUAAGGAAACAGAGCCCGAUUUUGAUAACUGUGCAGUUUGCAUCGAAGGGUACAAGCCCAAUGACAUUGUGCGGAUCUUGCCCUGCCGGCAUCUUUUCCACAAGUCCUGCGUUGACCCCUGGCUUCUAGACCAUCGCACCUGUCCCAUGUGCAAGAUGAACAUUCUUAAAGCCCUAGGGAUCCCGCCCAAUGCCGACUGCAUAGAUGACUUGCCCACCGACUUCGAGGGAUCUCUAGGAGGCCCACCCACCAACCAGAUCACAGGCGCGAGCGACACCACUGUGAAUGAAAGUUCAGUCACCCUGGACCCUGCCGUCCGGACAGUGGGAGCCUUGCAGGUGGUCCCGGAUACAGAUCCCACCCCGCAGGAAGAAGUCAUCUUUACCACUAACAGCGAGCAGGAGCCAGCUGUAAGCAGUGAUUCUGACAUCUCGCUGAUUAUGGCAAUGGAAGUUGGACUGUCUGAUGUAGAACUUUCCACUGACCAAGACUGCGAAGAGGUUAAGUCUUGAAACGGUGACUAUAGAACAAAGGGGUGGUAGGACCCAAGGGGAAGGGAGGGAGGAGGACCUCAAGAAUUGGACCCGGCUACACACACCUCCAGAACCACUUGGUAACUCCAUGGCGCUCCGCUCACGAAUGGUAAUGAAAGCAAUAUCCAAAGUCACGUUAAUCAGGAAGCCGUCUCUCCAACUGUACAAUAGUCCAUGGCCUUGGCAGCUGGGAAGUUGAAAGCUGAUUUUCCCUCCCAUGUCCUAGUAGACACACUUCGGGAGCUCCUAAAACAGACUGAAAGGACAUGCUUAGGGCUUCUUAGUUUUAUUUCCUUUUCUUCCAGGUCUUGUUUUGUUGUUUGGGGAAUGUUGUUUGAUUUCUUUGGCAUUUUUGUUUCUAACAACUGUGUGCAGUUUA